GAUAGGGCGCCAUCAAGCGGCGCAAAUACGCCAAUCAAAGCCAAAAACAUGUCGGAAGGAGAAUUUUACUUGCGAUAUUACGUCGGCCACAAAGGCAAAUUCGGCCACGAAUUCCUUGAGUUUGAGUUCAGACCAGAUGGAAAGCUGAGGUAUGCCAACAAUUCAAAUUACAAGAAUGAUGUCAUGAUCAGAAAAGAGGCCUACGUCCACAAGGCUGUCAUCGAUGAGCUUAAGCGAAUCGUCCAAGACAGCGAGUUGAUGCAGGAGGACGAUGAGCUGUGGCCGCAACCAGACCGGGUCGGGCGCCAGGAACUGGAGAUCGUCAUGGGCAACGAACAUAUCUCCUUCACCACUAGCAAGAUUGGAUCGCUGAUCGACGUCAAUAGCAGCAAGGAUUCUGAGGGUCUUCGUAUCUUCUACUACCUCGUCCAGGAUCUCAAGUGUCUUGUCUUCUCCCUGAUUGGUCUACAUUUCAAGAUCAAACCCAUCUAGCCAAUCACAGGACACCUUGUAAACCAUUCCUUUUUUUCAUUUUGGCGUUGUUGAGGGGUGGGGGCUUAUAUGACACUGGAAAUGGUAAUGUUGAGAAACCAUGUUUGAAGCACACUGAGGGACUUUGAGAUUGUUAGUUCUGUUUUUUAGGGGUGGGGGAGAGGUAGUUUUUUUAAGGAGAAAAGUGUCAAAAUGUCACCAGUGCUUUCUAGCAGUGUUACUCGCCCAAGUGAGGGAAUUCGCAAUUGGUUAAAAAAUCCUCUUGAGUAUUUUCAUUACCAAUCUUCCACACCAAAUGCACUUGCUAAAAACCAAUGACAAAUUCCAUACUCUCUCCAAACGUUGUCAGGGAAGAAUUUUGUUUCACGACAACAGGCAUGCACCUUUUUUCUCAGAUCAGCUGAUUUCCUCCUUUUUUUCUUACCAUGUGUGCCAUUAAAAUAGUUAAACAAUGUACUGUAAAAUAGUUAAACACUGUACAAAGUCUUGGGAACAUUUGAAUGUCAUCUUGUUUUGUGUGCCUGGGAAAAAGAACGCCCUCUAUAGACCAUGUGGAAGAAGAUAAUGUGACCCUAAAUUAAAUCGCCACCAUCUUACAAGAACCAGAACAAUUGUGAUCUAGAAAUUCAUUUUCCGACAGAUUUUCCCUGCAAAUCCUGGUCCCUAUGCCUUGAUUAACAGUCAACAGGAAGAGAUUUACACCCUGUAAGUUCAUGCAAAUGGAAGUGUUUGGGUUUUUCUGCUGAGAUAAUUAAGGAUAGUGAAUUUUUCUAGAAACUGAGGGUUUUUUUUAAUCUGUGUUACCCCCAUUAUUGAAUACUGUAUAUUGUUUCGUUUUACUUUGUUUAUGUGUGUAUUUCUGUGAAAAUGUGUUUUGUUGUUCACAUUUUGUUCAUAGAUAUUAAACCUGUGUUUCUUUUACUUUGA